GGCAGAACAGAUGCUAUACCUCCUUCCACAACCAAUCAGUAUCAUUGUGGGAGUUGAGGACCAAAGCUAUAUCAACUCCUGUCUUCAAAAAAUAACUUUUACUUAUACUUUUUUAAAAACAUCAUUGAUUGUAGCGUUUCAAGUCUCACUGGAAGUAAGGAACAUUUCUACAAAGAGAUUCAUAGACAAGCAUUCAUCCAAUAUACAAGUGAAGUUUAAUGGCUGUCAUGGCUCCAAUUUUGCACAGUGAAUAUAUAGAACAGGAGCAGUAUGUUAAAAACCCUCACCUGGACAACAUGGAGGAGGACAUCCUCUACCACUUUAACCUGAGCACCAAGACCCACAACCUGCCCACCAUGUUCGGCGACAUCAAGUUCGUGUGUGUGGGAGGCAGUGCCAACAGAAUGAGAUCUUUUGCUCAGUUCAUCCAUCAGCAGCUGGAGCUCCCAGGGAAUGCCGAUGAUAUCAGAGAUAUCUGUGAGGGGACGGACCGUUACUCCAUGUACAAAGUGGGGCCUGUGCUUUCCAUCAGUCAUGGUAUGGGUGUGCCGUCCAUCUCCAUAAUGCUGCAUGAACUCAUCAAGCUCCUGUACCACGCCCACUGCCGUGAUGUCAUGGUGUUUCGCAUUGGCACCUCAGGAGGCAUCGGUCUUCCUCCCGGAACGGUGGUGAUCACUGAUAAAGCAGUGGACUCUUUCUUCAGGCCACAGUUUGAGCAGGUGGUUCUGGGUAAAGUGAUCAUCAGGAGCACUGAGCUGGAUGAAGGCAUGGCACAAGAGCUCCUGCAGUGUUCCACUGAGCUGCCCAACUUACCCACCAUCAUCGGCAACACCAUGUGCACACACGACUUCUAUGAAGGCCAGGGCAGACUGGACGGUGCUCUGUGCUCGUUCUCCACCGAGGAAAAGCUGGAGUAUCUGAGGAAGGCCCAAGAGGCCGGCAUCAGGAACAUUGAAAUGGAGUCCACUGUCUUCGCUGCCAUGUGUCGUGUCUGCAACCUUAAAGCUGCAGUGAUCUGUGUGACUCUGUUGAACCGGCUGGAGGGGGAUCAGAUCUCCACACCCCAUGAUGUGCUCGUGGAAUACCAGCAGAGACCUCAGUACCUGGUGGCUCAUUUCAUCAAGAAACACUUGGCACUGAUCUAAACACAUUCAUCUUGAUGUGUCUGAUCUCUUAAUUCCAGGUUUUAAAAGAUAUUGCAACAUUUUCCAACCCAGAUCUCUAUCCACUGCCUUUGUAGCAUACAUCUGAUUAUCAAGGACAAUUAUUUCCGCACGUACUGAGAAAAGAACAGUAAACCUGCUUAGUCAAAAACUCAUUAAGGGCAGUUAAUAAACAGUUAGAGAAAGUUAAUUAAAACGUUCAAUUAAAAACUACAACAGCCUGCAUACAAUAAAUCUUUUAGGACAUGAGAGAGAAUCUUACCAAAGCUGUUUUGAUAACAAACAUCCAGACAGAUAGACAGACAGAUAGAUAGACAGAUGGACAAAUAAAUAAAUAAACAGAUAGACAGAGACAAAUACUUUGAUUGGAGUUAUAAAAGUGUUUCAAAAAAAUACGCACAUGACAUAAGUGUUUAGUGCUGUACAGGAAGACAUGUUCUAUGUUGUAAUCACAUUAUGCUACAUAUGCAGUAGAUAGAGAUCAGGUUGAAAAAAAGAAUGCAUUUAUCAGGUAAAAAGAAGUGCAAUGUUGUAGAUUAAACAUGUUUCAUUCAGAAACACAUGGACAGUGACCUAAAGACAAAAAGUAAUCAGCAGCUACAAAUGCCUGUACAUGAUGUUUAUAAGAACCGUGUGUCAGUACUGUGUUUUGACUUCUGUAUAUAUGUGUACAUAUGUUGUAGAUAUAUUAAAUACUAUAUUUGUAGUUUUACUUAAAACAGCAGUUGACUUUGACUAUUAUUGCUUUCGAAUUUUUUAACAAUUUUUACUGAGGUGCUGAAUGUCUUUUGAAAAGUGCAGAAUCAAAUGUAUGUAAUGAAUUAUUUCUUACUGCUUUUGUGAAUAAACUCACUAUUGAAAAUA